ACUAACUUGGCUUGCCCACCGGUAUAUUCCAGGAAGCGGCUAUGCAUUCCUCUCUCGUUGAACUGGUCCCCACUGCUCGUUCUGCAGGUCAUCACAUCAACUGAUUGUUGGCUGUUUGUUCACUUCAGUGGCGAUGGUGGCGCUCACGAAGUUGACUAACUAGAAGAACAAGAAAAGCAGUAGGAAAAAACUUGGUUGCAGGCGUGCGAAUGCCCAAACUCGGACAAAGUCCUUUGGCAUACAGAUCUACGGCCUACGUCGAGAUGAUCAGCAGGGUCCUGAACAACUCUGAGCGAAUCAAGUCUGGUUUAAUACCUUUUUUUCUACUUUUUCCUUUGGGGGUGGAUAUCGCUAUGUCUUUUUGGGUGGCAUGGUGGCAUGACGGUUGAACAAACAAUUACAUUAGCGGUUUAGAGGGAACAUCUCAUAAUUGCCGCAGCAUCGGUCGGAGCUUUUUUCGCUUUUUGCCUUUGAUGCUAGUUUCUUGUUUUGGUUGCUUAAUAAUUUCUGUUAACGAUGAUCUGCGAUGCGACUUGACGUACGUGACGAUGUUGGGGGUUGCAGUGAAUUGGUUGUCUACGCACGGGAAGAGGACCGGCACUUGUGUCUAUUUGCCUCUUGAGAGAGAGCGGGCGUUUAUGCUUGGACUGGAGCUCAUGUUUCAAUGAACUAUUCUCAGCCAUUCAGGAACUCGUCGAUGGUUACACAGAGACUCGUUGUAGAAUUAAUCGCUCAAUCAUGACCGGUCAUCGGCCAUACACGUUUGAGAACCAGACUCUAUUCUUGCUACCGUUUUCGAUAGCCCACUUUCACGGUGGGAUCUAGAACUCGGCUGUGGUGAGAAGGGACCACUAGAAUCCGCACGAGUGCGUUAUGAGUCGACGAGUACGCGCAGGAGUGGGACUGGACAGGACAAGAGAGGACAGACAAGGCAACAGAAUUAGAUUGUAUACUCGGUACGGUAAGGUAUAAUGCGCAUGCGAUACGAUACGACGAAACUGUACAUACGGUACGGUACGGUAUGGCACGGUAGAUUCAGCCGAACCUCUCUCGGACUAAUCAUCCGGUGAGUCACACUCUCUAUUGCCUAUGCCUAUUAUCGGAUGGGAACCUGUCAUGCCUUGGAUCGGUUGCUGUGAUGCUCUUGACCUCCAUGGAAUCGGCUAUGCACGUCAACGACCGCGGAUUUUGAGUAGUAAUAGCGUGGGGGUUCGAAUGAACAGGUCAGGUCCGUCAAUCAGUCAACAAUGGUCUGGUUAAGCGCCAAUUGCCGUCCUUCUCAAGCUGUAUCCAGUAGUUUACGCUGAUGGUGGGGGAUCGAGAAACGGCCACCCCUCCAGUUCGACACCGUCUCAAAUCAAUCGAGGUCUUGCAUAACCUAUGACUGUUAAAGACUGACGGUUGAACCUCCACUAAAAGUUUCACAUCGCCUACAUCUCUAUAUACUGCUACUGAAUAGCUUCAGUUUGUAUCUCACUCAUGGCCAGCAAUUGCCCAGCCUUGUCCCUCGUCAUCAAUCAAGAUUAGGGUUAGCUGAGCCAUGUGCUGUACAGCUAUUGGCGGUAAAAGGCAUACGUCAUAGGCCAGUUCCAAGGCCAAGAUGAUGGUAAAUCAGGCUGAGACGGACAAAGAAUAGAGUUAAAUCUUCAAUCAUCCUGUGGUUUCUUUGUGAUCAGACUUUCUAGAACAACACUUGUGAUUCGUAUCGUUUACUUUUUUUUUGCAUUCGUGUCUAAAUAGCUCCAAGGCAGCGGGCUACUUGUUCUUGUGACACCACUUACACGACCCAUACCGUACCACCCGUUCACGUCUCACAACCAUGAAAAACCUAUCAUUUCCACUUACCGCCCUCCUCGUCGGCUCAAGUCUCGCUGCCGAUGUCACGAUCACAGCUCCAGUAUCCAUCCCCUCCAAUGAGCCUGAAUACAAGGAAGGCAAAUCCUUCACAUCAGCUGUCCUCAACAGCACCAACUUCUAUCGCGAGGAACACAACGCAACAGCACUAAAAUGGAACAAAACGCUCGAGGAGUUCGCAACAGACUACCUCGAUGACAACGAUGACUGCGACUUUGAGCACUCUGGUGGACCCUAUGGCGAGAACCUGGCUAUAGGUUAUCCCAAUGUCACUGCGAGCAUCGAAGCUUGGGGUGAUGAGCGAGAUGAGUACAACUUCGACAAGGCCAAGUUUAGUAAGAAGACAGGGCACUUCACGCAGCUUGUGUGGAAGGAUACUACGACUGUUGGGUGCGGAAGAAAGCUUUGCGGCGAACGAGGUUGGUUUCUCGUUUGUGAGUACUGGCCCAGGGGUAAUGUCGAGGGUCAGUUCAAGGAAGAGGUUUCAAAAGAGGAGGGCGGCGCAUUCAGUACAAGACCUGGUCUCGGGCUCGCUCUGGCCUUAUUUAUUGGGUACAUGCUUGUUGUCGUAUAGACAUGUCAUGUUGAAUUCCCAGCGUUGGAUAGGCGUAUGAGAUAUCUGAUGAAUGACGGGACCCAUGCUGGGCAUGGGCUAUGUUGGCUACUUUACUACAAUUCUCUUAUAUAGUUACAUGGUUUCUGAUAUUAUAUAUUCCAACUCGUCAUAUACACUUUUGGCUGACUAGAAUUGUCUUGGUAUAUUCAUGAUGUUCUUUCCAUCAUUGAUACGCAAC